UAUCCGUAAUUUGAGUUUUUUUUUGACGUAGAUUAGUAUCUUUGGUUUUAACUAGCUACGAAAAUGUUGUAGGUUGUAUUGACUGUGUAAUAAUACCAGUGGAUUUAUAAGCAUUCGGUUUCGGUAAGAUGAUUACUGUUGAGUCCGUUAACUAGCUGCAAGCUACCAGCGUUUUUGUGUUUCGAAAACAGCGUCGUUCAUUCUAAAAUAUCUUUUCAGUUAUUGUUUUGUAGGUGCUUAAUCUCUUUCAUAAUUUAUCGUGGAUAGCAAAUAUUUAUGUUAAGAAUACCCAGUGUCGAUCCGUAUUGUUUCGAUGAAGAGAUAAUAAAGAUAUUGACGCAAAGAUGGACUAAAAUAACCAUUUUUGGACACUUUAUAUAUGUGGGGCAAUAACUGAAUGUUUACAACAUAAAUAGAUAAGUAACGAACUACAUAGCGUAAACUCAUUUUUUAAUCGUUUCUGAGAAGUCAGACCUUGUUCAUAAGAGAAACUUGGGGAAUCUGACCGACGGGUGAGAAACGUUGCUAUUCUGUUGUAACAGAUUGUAUACAAUGUCGGAGGACAUUCUCACAUUUCAAGCACAGCUCUCCGGCAUCAUGGAAAUGGUCCUGAAAGCGGCCGUGCAAGAAAUUACCACCUUGGUGGAGGGUAGUUUCCAAGGAGAGGUUGUGCGGAGCAGAAAGGAGGUGGAGAACCUCAAACAGAGGCUUCAGUUUUCCGAGAAGAGAUGGAGGGAUCGAGAGCAAAGAAUGAGAGCCAAGUGUGCGGAAUGCGGUGGAGCUGGACUGUCCGCUGAGGCGAUGGGUCCCGUUCUCACACUGACGGAAACUGAGGAAGGUGGUAUCAAGGAAAACAAUAAUUUGGGGGGAGCCUGGAGUAUUGCUCCCUGGACAGCAUUGGAUGUGCAGGAGGCUGCUGCCACCAGUCCCACACAUAGUCCAGAGACCACAGAUGCUGAAAAGGAUGUGUUUGAUGUAAUACACAAAGGAGAGACCCAGAUCAACAGAAAGAGUGUGGAGAUAGUGGAAGAAGUCAGUGCUCCGUGUCACAGUAAGAGUCCCACUGAACCAGAUUUGCUGAAAGGUGAAAAACAACGGGACUCAACAGGAAAAAACACAGACUAUCUCACAGCCAAGGCUCUCAAGGCAGAGCCAAAGGAUGUGUACAUCACCCCAUACACAGACCUGAACAAACCUGGGCUUGGAGACUUACUAACUAGAACAGGCCAACUGCAGAACAGGAAACUGUCUUGUCACAUUAAAGCUGAGCAGUGUACGUUCAGUGCUGAUAUUCGCACCUUGGAUAACUUGUUUCAUGUUCAGCGUGGCUCAUCUUCAGGACCUUCUCGUGGUACUGUAAAUAUGAGAGAUGCUAUCAAAGAAAUCUCCUAUACCAAGACUACUGGCAGUCCUGAUGUGAAACAGUAUAGAAUACAAUCAGUGGAUGAAGAGGACUUGGAAAUGCAUCCAUCUUAUAACCAUGGCCUCUGGAUCUCACCUGAGAAAUACACAGAGAAUGACCUUAAUAUUAGCAUAAUAGAAAAUCAACACUUCUGUCCUUAUUGUGGGUAUACCACAAGUAACAUUGCUAACUUAAACGUGCAUCUUCAAAGCCAUAAUGCAGAGAAACUCUUCAGUAGCUCGCAGUUACAGAUAACUUCACCUAGAGGAGAUUUCCGGACUAAACUGCAACAGGACAAAAGGCAGAGUUCUGCUUAUUCUCGCUACCAUGGGAAGAAAUUUCACGGUGGAGGGAAUCUGGAGAGACAUGUCAAUGUUCACAGGGAUGAUGCUUUACACAGCUGCUCUGAGUGUGGGAAGACCUUCAACCGUGCUUACAAUCUCAAAAUCCACAAGCGUAGUCACACAGGAGAGAGACCUUAUCUUUGCACCCAUUGUAAGAAGGGUUUUGUUUCCCCCACCGAUCUGAGGAGACACAAGCGUAUUCACACUGGAGAGAAACCGUACGCCUGCAUGCUGUGUGGUAGCAAAUUCAGGCAGUCGUGGAGUUUGAAAAUGCACCAGCGUAUUCACACGCAAGAGAAACCCCACUGUUGCAUUCAGUGUGGGAAGUGUUUUCGGUGCUCCGGGGAUUUGAGUAAACACAUGCGUGUCCACACUGGCGAGAAACCUUACAUCUGUAAGUCAUGUGGAAAGGGGUAUUCUCAGUCCCAGAAUCUAAAAUCACACAGAUGUUUUAUCCAAUUUCAAGGAGAUGCCGCCUUCUUGUCCGAGGCCACGCAGGAGCUGGCCAAAGCCAUGGGGAAACCUGUGCAGUACAUCGCGGUGCACGUUAACCCCGACCAGAUGAUGAUGUUUGGGGGGAAGCCGGACCCGUGCGCGCUCUGCUCCCUGAACAGCAUUGGAAAGAUUGGAGGAUCACAGAACAAGCAGUACUCCAAACUGAUAUGUGGUCUGUUGAAUAAGCACCUGGGAAUCUCCCCCGACAGGAUCUACGUGAACUUUGUGGACAUGGAUGCUGAGAAUACGAGUUAUAGGUUAAUCUGUUUUUCGUCGAUUGUUCGUCGGGAAUAUUUAAUCUACAGUGAUCGACUGUAUUUUGGGGGUGGCAGUCAGCGCACGCUUCGGGCCUUGGUACCUCGCACCCCGAAACAGCAGCCCAGGAUGUCGGAGGCGAUUCUUACUUUCCAGUCUCAGCUGUCGGACAUUAUGGAGACGGUCCUCAAGACGGCUGUACAUGAGAUCACCUGCCUGGUGGAAGACAGCUUUCAGGGGGAGGUAGUGCGGAGCAGGAAGGAGGUGGAGAGCCUGAGACAGAGGCUGCAGUGGUCCGAGAGGAGAUGGAGGGAUCGGGAGCGAGAGAGAGGAGGAAAGAACAAGUGCACGGAAUGCGGCAGGGCGUCGGAUCCCAGUGCAGAGAUAAAAAGAAAAACAGCUGGCACUAAAAACGGGUCUGAGGAGGGACGUGGUAUCAAAAAGGAGAAGACAACAAGGAACCGUGGCAGCUGUCUUUGGGAAGCCUUGGCUACAGCCCCCUCUAGUGUUCCAGAUGAAAAGGACAGCCCCGGAUCCAUCAGCUUUGGAGAAACUGCACGACCGCCAUUUCCAGAUUCUGAAGGUAGUGGGAGUGACUCGAUGCCUGAGAAGGAGGACUUCCAGGGAUCUCAAGGCAUCCGCGGUGUUCGCAGGAAGCAAAGGCGUCUGCGGCUUACUGUAAAUUUUAGUGGCCACCCUGAUCCUGAGAGCGAACAGUCCCCAGAUGAGGGAUGUACUAAGGAGCUGGAUACUGAAUAUAUGAUAAAGCAAAAUGUAGAGGAACUCGAUGAGGCAGUCCUCGAAGGAGGAUGCGAGUACAGCGGGAGAAGCAUGAAUGGUCUGAAUCCUGAGUACAAGAAGGUCACAGUGGACCACGACCUGGUGAUUGGUGAACCUAAUGUCUCCUGCAUUACACACGAAGACUCAGAACUCAGGUCAGGACUGAUUAAUAUGCAAGCAGAAGUUCACCAUGACAUCAGGAAGAGUGAGGGAAUACAAAUAGAAGACGUGGUCAGCCUGUCGAGCCCCCAUAACGUCGUCAACCACAUAAGGAGGAAGAACUUGAAGACGGAGAGUCUGUCAGUAGAUGGGUGGGAGAGUAUGGCACAAGCAAACUCAGAUAUUCAACAUGGUGAUCAUGGAAGCUUCACUUCAGCCGGGAAUAUGAGACUAUCUCAUGACGGAGGCAAUGGAGAUAAUCAGAAUAUCUGUAUAUACUGUGGAAAGAAUUUCGCUUACGUGAGUCGCCUUAAAAUACACCUGCUAAAACAUACUGGUGAAAAGCCAUUCAGUUGUGUUCAGUGUGGAAAGAGGUUUACUGUUGCAAGAAAUCUGGAGAGACACCAGAAGAUUCACUGGGGAGACGCAAGUUUUAUUUGCGCCCAGUGCGGGAAGAGCUUCAGAAGAGCUGACCACCUCAAGGUCCAUCAGCGAGUUCACACGGGAGAGAGACCCUACUGUUGCACUCACUGCAACAAGUGUUUCCGCUUCUCUGGUGACUUAAACACACACAAAAGGGUCCACACCGGAGAAAAGCCGUACUGCUGUACGCUGUGUGGAAACAGGUUCAGUCAGCUAAGACAGCUGAAAUCACACAUGCGGGUUCAUAAGGCAAAUUUGGGCAGAAUCAGUCAUUUGACACAAAGAAUAAUCGGCAGUGGCAGAAUGUCGGAGUACAUACUCCACUUUCAGUCUCAGCUGACAGGCAUCAUGGAGACAGUCCUUAAAGGGGCCAUCCAUGAUAUCACUAAACUGGUUGAGGAUAGCUUCCUGGAGGAGCUGUUGCAGAGUAGGCUAGAGAUAAAGGCUCUGACGGAGAGGUUGCAGACCUCUGAGAAGAACUGGAGAGAGCGAGAGGAGCUUUUGAUGCUGAAGCACGCAGAUUACAGCAAAGCUGACGUUUUCAGAAAAAAAGCAAUUCCGAAAGCUGCAGAAACACAGUCUGAUGUUGAGGAGUGGUUUGAUGUAAAAGACGGAAAGGUAAACCACAGCGUCUGCCAUUGGGCCGUCCUGGAUGCAGCAUCUGCUGGUGUUACGGCAGAAGUAGCCGCAUGCAGACCAGCCAGAUCCCUGGAUAUGGCCCCACAAACUGCCACACAUAUGGAUGCAGAUGGUUUUGAGUUCACUUGCAAAAAUGAGCAUGACAAAGAGACCAGUUGCACUAACCAAGAAAGUUACAAGGCGUGUUUGGAUGGUAAGUGCCGAGAUGAUCCUGCAUAUUUGAUCUGCUUGUACAGUAGCUCCAGGGAAUCGGCCUGCACAGGAGUAGCGAGCCAGAAUCUCUGUGCUGACGCAGAGCUCUCCCCUGUGCAAGACUCCGCUGACAGUCAGAGACACAGGAGGACUCCAGCUGACGCACAGGGGGAGGGGCCUGGCUUGGAGGCAGCCCGUGAGAAAGACCAUCAGAGGCUCGAUCUGGCGGAAAACGACAAUGAACAGGGCGCAGGAAGGAUCAGUAUCCAGGGUUUUGAUUUUGUCGCGCGAGAAACCCUCAGUCGGCAGCAUGCUGCGUUUGCCCAGGGUGACCUGAGCACAGUGACUGAAAGGCCAGGUUUACCUGCACUCGCAGAACAGGACUCGGAGUCUCAGUCAACCAUGGAGCAUGCUAGUCAGCAUCUCUCCUCAUUAAGAGCUCCCACUGAGAACCUAGACUGUGCCGAUUCGGUUUCUGUUAAAGACGAAGUUGAAAUACAGUCCGUGUGGAGUGAAGAGGCCAGGCUAGCGGCGGCAGCACAGUCGCAACACGACCAGAACAGAGGGAUCGAACAAAAACUUCUGCAGAUUCGCUUUCCCUGCGUAGCGCCACUGGGGAACGCGACAUGGCUUCAGAAACUGUGCUCGGCAAAGGCCAAAAACGCAGCUGCAGAGCGUAUCGAGCUGCAGAACAGGGUAGAAACCCCCCAGACGGUGGAUAGCGGGAGUAGCAUGCCGGUAAACUCUGACUCCUCAAAUGACAUAGAGGGUUUCAUGUGCGAUACAGGGUUCCCGGGAAACACCGGUAUCCCCCAGCCCUCUUCAGCUGAAAUGAAGUCAUUCAGCUGUUUACACUGUGGAAAGAGCUUCACUCUGCUAAGAAACCUCAAAGAUCACCAGCGGUACCACACUGGAAAGAAGUCCUACACUUGCACGCAGUGUGGGAAGGGUUUUGUUUAUAUGUGCCACCUGAAAGUGCAUCUGCAGAGCCAUACGGGAGAGAGACCAUUCAGCUGCACGCAGUGCGGCAAGAGCUUCACGUACCUGUGCAAUUUAAAGUCGCACCAGAUAUAUCAUACAGGGGAGAAACCCUUCAGCUGCUCUCAAUGCGGCAAGAGCUUCAGUCAGCUGAGUCAUCUGAAGAAGCACAGGUUGAUCCACUCUGGCGACCGGCCGCACAGCUGCAAGGAUUGCGGAAAACGGUUCUCGACAAAUGGCGAACUGCGAAGACAUCAGCAAAUUCAUGCUGUGUUUGAUGCCAUGUCGGACUCCGUGCUGGGCAGGACCUUCAGCGGCCGCAUCUCGGCGGUGAUGGAGGCGCUGGUGGGAGCCGCGGCGCUGGAGAUAACGCGCAUCUUCGAGAGCAGCGUCUCCGAGCUCCGGCUGGAAAUCGCCCGGAGCCACACCGAAGUGGAGACCCUGAAGCGCCAGCUGGAGGCGUCCGAGAAGCAGAUACUGGAUAGGAGGACGAGCCGGGCUCCGGACAUCAGCGAGAUUAAGUGUGGAAGACCCCUCGGAGCUGAAGAUUCCCGCAGUCAGUUAGGGGGCAGCGUGCAGGAUGCCCCCCAACAGCCCCACAGGGUCAAAGACGAGGAGUCGGGCAUAUUUGAACAAGCUGGUCCUGAGGUGGUCACCAUUAUCGUCAAAGAGGAGCUGGUGGAACCGGACAUGAAACCACAGCUGGUGGAGACCCGAAGACCAGGGAGGUCCAGUCCAGGGGUGCAGGGCUUCAAGGGUCCAGGGCCUGGAGAUGGUGCUGGACAGGAAAACAGCUGGUUUAGACCUCAGCCUAUCAGGGACCACACUGCGUCGUCGUGUUUCUCAGUGCCUGGGAUAGGGGGCGCUCCACGGCGGCCUGGUCCUCCGGGGACAGAUUACUGCUUGCAGGGAUUCAAUGGCCUGGGACAUGACAGGAGAACGGUGACCUGUAGCGGGAUGGUAGGGGAGGGGUCCCAGAACGUCUCCCGGACACUAAGGACGGUCUGCAGGCAGCCGAGGCACUCGGCACCGGAUGCUCCCCAGCCCCACUCCGUUUCGACCCCGGACCAGUUUCAGCCCUGCGUACCUCCUGGCCACAGGGUCCCGCGCGCCACCGGAUUGGCCGACGGCUCGGAGGUGCAGCUCGUACCCUCACAGCAAAAGGCAGAGCCUCAGAGCAAGCGGAAGAGGCGGUCUGUUCUCAGCACCACCACGGACAGACCGUACUCGUGCGCCGUCUGCAAUAAGGGCUUCAUUAGCCCCUCCCACCUGGACAUGCACAUUCGUGUGCACACGGGCGAGCGGCCCUUCAGCUGUGGCCAGUGCGGCAUGAGGUUCGCCCAGAAGGGCAACCUACGGGCUCACCAGCGGCAGGUGCACCAGGGCAAGAGGCCCUUUCCGUGCCCCGAAUGCGGCAAGCGAUUCACCAAGCGGGGCAACCUGAGGACGCACCAGCAGCAGGUGCAUCUGGGCAAACGGCCCUACCCCUGCUCCCAUUGCAGCAAGGCCUACUUUUCCCAGAAGGACCUCAAGAUUCACGAGCAGGUCCACUCUGGAGAGUAGGCCGGUGCCCCAUCUCCGCACUUAUAUUACAUGCAGACACCCUGGGUCCAGUUCCCUCACACAGGUUUAAAUGAUCAGUCUACUGCUGAGGACAAAGGGCAGACAAGGGCAUAUAUAGACUGAGAGGUCUGUAGCAUUUCUCUUAUAGUCUGCAUUUUAAUUUUGACAUUUGAAAAUGUAUGUAUAUUUUUCAGAUUCUUUUUUUCCACUAACCAAAGUAAAUGGAUCGAUUUGGUUGUGUCCACUUUCCA